GGAGUGUGCCUUUGUCUUCCAUGCCCAGGUCCUUGGCAACCGUUCUGGAGGAGCGUUACCCGUCCUUUCUUUCUCGACUUCGUGCACGGGGGAGCUUAGUGACCAAGGCCUCGAAACCUGGAAUAACAUAACGGACAGCCCCCUUGGUCGUGAAAUCCGCCGCGGCAACAACAAGCGUUACAGCUUUGAACAGACUUUUACUCUU